UGUACGGUGAGACCUCAAAGUCUCAUUGACAUGUCUAUGGUGAGAACGACCAUGUGGAAAUUGGACUCAUGUGCCAGUGACGUACACCGCGUCUUCGCCUCACCGUGGGACACAAGGACGACGGUCGUUCUACCUCGUCGUCAUCUGAUUCACCGCUGGGUUUUGGCUCAUUGGUGCUGCUGUCACUUGAGUUCAUCCAGGCUGUAACAUUUUCCCGUAACACGUAGCACAGCGGACCGCGACAUUAUAUCAUAACAGCUUCGCGUGUGAUAGGUUGCAGUCAUGCGACUCAAGAGAGCCGGGGAUGCUAGCAACACGAUCCUACUUCAAGAUUCGGAGCGCGGUAUAAAUGCAUUUGGGAGCGCUGAGAAGGAGAAAGUAACAUUUGAGGCAGUGGAUUCCAGGUUGCUGCAGUCAGACAUGCCACUACCCCUCGGUGGUCCUUCGUCGUCUAGUCCGAAACGUCGUGGACUGACAUGGGUCCUUUUCGUAAUUCUUUCGGUUCUGUGCGUCCUGGUGUCACCAGUCAGGCGCUCGAACAUCUUUUCCCCAGCUUCUCAUAAUGAUUUCUCGAGGGAAGAACCGGUGGAUAUGCUAGCUGGCACGGGCUUCACUGGGAACGGACGUACGACUGAUGUCUUGUGGGAUAAGUAUAGUCUAAUUAUCAAAGGGCAGCGCGUUUUCAUUCAUUCAGGAGAGUUUCACACAUUUCGACUGCCUGUGCCUGGACUAUGGCUUGACAUCCUGCAGAAAGUGAAGGCUGCUGGAUUUAACGCAAUCAGUGUUUAUACCCACAUGGCUCUGGUUAAUCCCUCUCCUGGCGUUAUCGACUUGAACGGUUACCGCGCUUUGGAGCCCCUUUACGAGGCUGCGAAACAGACUGGCAUAUGGAUCGUUCUCCGUCCGGGGCCUUAUAUCAAUGCGGAGACGACUGCAGGAGGCAUUGCACACUGGAUUACAUCAGAAGUCGCAGGCGAACUGCGGACAAACGCAACGGACUGGAAAGCAGCUUGGCAGGACUACGUGCAAAGUAUUAUCACCGAAACUGUUCCUUACCAAGUGACCCGAGGCGGACCGGUAAUAGCAAUCCAAAUUGACAACGAAUACUCACAGGCACCAGCCACGCAUGCAGAAUACUUUGCCGAGCUGGAAACUGUCUAUUUGAACUCCCCUAUUGUUGUCCCGUUGACCGCUAACGACCCAGGAGAAGAACGGGCCUGGAUUAAUGGAACGGGUGCUGUGGAUAUCUAUGGUAUGGACUCCUACCCACAACGGUUUGACUGUUCCCACCCAGACGUUUGGUAUCCGGUCGUCACGAGCUAUCAUAGCUACCAUGAAUCUGUUGACCCUGGCCAACCUUGGUAUUUCCCAGAGUUCCAGGGUGGUUCUUUCGAUGCUUGGGGUCCAACGGCACCAGGUUAUGAUCAAUGCCGCGUACUCACGGGAGCCAAUUUCGAGAAUGUCUUCAACCUUCAUCUUUGGGCGUCUAAUGCAAAACUAAUCAACUACUACAUGCUAUAUGGAGGAACUUCCUGGGGUGCACUUCCUUUCCCCGGUGUUUACACUUCGUAUGAUUACGGGAGUGCCAUUGCAGAGAACAGAGAGCUGACUGUCAAGUAUCCGGAGCUUAAGCGUCAGGGUCUCUUUCUGCGAAGCUCCCCAGAUUUCUACAAGACGGACUGGGUUGGAGACAGUACUAGCAGAAUUGUUUCCGUCUCCAAUCCGGCCGCCUUUGUGACUCUAUUGAGGAAUCCCGACUCGGCGGCGUCGUUCUACAUUGCAAGACAAGAGAACUCCACGACAACGGAUGUAACGACUUUCAAGCUGAAUGUCACUACUUCUGCUGGUAACUUUGAGGUCCCCCGUGUUACAUCCAGUAUCACGCUCGCGGGCAGGCAAUCAAAAAUUAUCGUCACCGAUUACUCAUUUGGCUCGUCAUCGAAGAUUCUAUAUUCUACAGCGCAGGUUCUGUAUGCAGGCCGGAUUGGUGGGAGAGAUGUACUGUACCUCUACGGUGACUCUACAUCUGAGUCAGAGGCUGCUCUGACAUUGCGUGGUACACCUCGUAUACAAGGGGCGGGAGUCUCCUCGGUACCCCCUAAUGGCGUCACUACCGUCACUUUCCUUUCGGGCAUACAGGGACUCAUUACGAUUUGGGAUUCCAGCGAGCAGCUUGUCCUCUAUAGUGAUCCCGACACCGCUGGCACCUUUUGGUCGCCCGAAAUCCCUGCACAGGAUUCCGUCGAAUUUGCCAACUAUUGGCAGUUUGGCACGAAUUCGUCCAUCCUGGUUGGAGGUCCUUAUUUAGUUCGCAACGCUACAAUCACUGGAUCGACGCUCGCCCUUCGUGGUGACUUGAAUGACAGUGUCCAACUUACAGUCAUUGCGCCGGAUGAUGUGAAGACGGUUACAUGGAAUGGAAUUCCUAUCUCAGCCGAUGUUGCUGCUGCCUCGGAUUUGACCUACCAAGGAGGCUUUGUUGCCCAACUACAGCCCUCAUCUACGGUGCUUGGCUUUACUCCACCCGCGCUUACCGGCUGGAGAUAUGCAGAUAGUUUGCCAGAAAUCCGCAGUGAAUUCUCUGAUGCCAACUGGACUCUUGCUGACCAUACCACCACGAACAUACCCUUCAAGCCUUACUACGGCGACGGGAGGGUUCUCUAUGGCUGUGACUAUGAAUACUGUGAGAACAUCGUACUUUGGCGUGGGCACUUCACUGCCAUGGAAGACACACAAUCUGUCAACCUCUCCAUCAAUGGCGGCGAAGCGUUCGCUGCGACUGUCUGGUUGAACGACGUGUUCCUGGGGACGUCCUACGGAAACUCCACAAACAACCUCAAUAUUCUGGAAGAAACGGAUGAUAACUUCGUCUUCCCUCCAUCAGCCUUGCUUUUCGAUCAAGAGAAUGUCAUCACUAUCCUUCAGGAUAAUAUGGGCCUCAACGAGUCAGGCUCUGUUAUCGACGAAGAAAAAUCCCCUCGUGGUGUCCGUGGCUUCAUGCUCGAUAGUGGAGACUUCGGUGAAUGGAAGGUUCAGGGUAAAGUUGGUGGAUACACCAAAUAUCUCGACAAAGUGCGCGGGGUGCUGAAUGAAGGAGGUCUCUACGGUGAACGCAUGGGCUGGCACUUACCUGGAUUUGAUACCUCUUCUUGGGCGGAGAGAAACCUCUCUGAGGGUCUGCCCGACGCUGCUGCUGGUGUUGGGUUCUUCGUGACGACGUUCGACCUAAACAUUCCAGAGGGAUAUGAUAUUCCAAUGUCCUUCGUGUUUGAUGACACCUCCCAACCGUACCGAGCUCAGUUAUACGUCAACGGAUGGAUGAUGGGUAAGAGGGUGUCCAACCUCGGGCCCCAGUAUCAGUUCCCUGUCCAGCAAGGUAUUCUGGACUACAGUGGCACAAAUACUGUUGCUGUUGCACUGUGGGCUAUGGAACCGAUUGUUGUCACUCCAACUUUGCAGCUUACCUUCGGGGGCGUUUACGAAGGUGGUGUCGGCAGUAUUGAGACUAACAACCCUCUUUGGUCGUCUGAAGGACGGUCAUAGGUCUGGAACACUCGGAAAAUUUAUACGUCACAUUGUCAUAUUUACGAUGUGUCUUUGUAAAACUCGAAAAUACAAUGAAGUCCCUUCAUAGUAUGUUAUGGAGAUGGCCGGGUGUUUGGCCCUGCAUUUUCUUUAUAGGUCAACUCGGGUUGGACACCGGUUGUGUGCCAGGAUUCGAUGGCCGUCAGAAAUAGCGCAAUGAUCCCAAUUUUAACAUGAUGUCUAAGUGG